CUCCGCCUCCCAGACCCGGGCUCCUUCCCUGCCACCCCAAGGCUACUGCUAGUGGCGCUGGGGGCGGGGAGGGGGUGUCAAGGUUUUUUUUUCUUACCUGCAUUGCAUUAGCAAACCGAGCCCAGAGCCGCGGGCGGCUUGCAGGUACACAGCCAGGCGCAGGUGCCAGCGCCGGCUGGCCAGACCGGCGCCGUAGGCCCCGCGACCAUAGAGUCCGGAAGUGCGACCAAAGCAGCUCCCGGUGGGCACCGCUCGGUCCCGGCCGGUCCCUGACCCGGCCCCGCACUCGCGUGCCGCGCCCCGGCGGGCGGAAUGGUCGCAGCGCUGGCCGUCAGGGUGGUCGCCGGGCUGGCGGCCGCGGCCUUGGCGGCAGUGCUCUUGGAGCACUACGGCCUGGCUGGGCCGCCCUCGCCACUGCCCCAGCCCCGCACCCCCCGGAGCCCGCACCCUGCGCCGGGCCUCGGAGCCAGCAACAUCUUCUGGGGUCUGCAGAUAUCCGACAUUCACCUGAGCAGGUUUCGCGAUCCAGGCAGAGCUGUAGACUUAGAGAAGUUCUGUUCUGAAACUAUUGACAUCAUUCAACCAGCUCUCGUCCUAGCAACAGGAGACCUGACAGACGCCAAAACAAAGGAAAAUUUGGGAUCUAGGCAGCAGGAGGCAGAAUGGCAAAUUUACCAGGGUAUUCUGAAGAAGACAAGGGUCAUGGAAAAAACCAAGUGGCUCGAUAUCAAAGGAAAUCAUGAUGCAUUCAACAUUCCAAGUCUGGAGAGUGUUGAGAAUUAUUACAGGAAAUAUUCUGCUGUACGUAGGGAUGGCUCUUUCCAUUACGUCCACAGUACUCCCUUUGGCAACUAUUCUUUCAUCUCUUUGGAUGCCACCAUAAAUCCAGGGCCUAAGAGACCUUUUAAUUUCUUUGGAAUUUUAGAUCAGAAACAGAUGGAGGAUCUUUCAUUACUGGCCAAGGAAAGUAGUCGGAGCAACCACAGUAUUUGGUUUGGACACUUCACAACAUCCACUAUCCUUUCUCCAUCACCAGGAAUUCGGUCCAUAAUGAGUUCGGCUACAGCUUAUUUGUGUGGGCACCUCCACACACUUGGUGGACUGAUGCCUGUUUUGCACACUCGUCACUUCCAGGGCACUUUGGAACUUGAGGUGGGAGACUGGAAGGAUAACAGAAGGUACCGGAUCUUUGCUUUUGAUCAUGACCUCUUUAGCUUUGCAGAUUUGAUCUUUGGCGAGUGGCCUGUGGUUCUUAUCACUAAUCCUAAAUCACUCCUCUAUAGUUCUGCUAAACAUGAACCACUAGAAAGACUCCUUCACUCAACACACAUCAGUGGCUGCGCCAUUUCACAUUCCCACCAGCAGUGCACAAGAGUCUUGGUGUUUUCCUUAUCUUCCAUUACUUCAGUCGCAGUUAAGAUUGAUGGAGUUCAUUUAGGGCAAGCUAGUCAUUUGUCUGGUCCUAUUUUCAUACUAAAGUGGAAUCCAAGAAACUACAAUAAUAGGACACAUAACAUAGAAGUAAUCGUCCAGGACUCUGCUGGAAGAAGUAAGAGUGUUCACCACAUAUUUUCUGCUCGAGAGGACAUUCACCUCAGGUUUGAUCCUCUGGCAUCGUUUAUUCUCCUUACUGACCAUUGUACUGUGGCCCGGGUCCUUUUUGUGAUGAUUGUGCUGAUCCAGCUCAUCAUUCUCAUUGCUUUUCGUUAUCGAGCAUAUCCAGAGCAUAAAGGACCUCCAGGAUUUGUAAAUUUGACCUCAUUUUCCCUUCAUGUCUUGAGCAAAAUAAGCAUCUUCUACUAUUCUAUGUUGUUGCUGACACUCUAUACAGUGCUGGGACCAUGGUUUGUUGGUGAAAUCACUAAAGGCAAAUUGGGUUGCUGCUUUUCCUUUGGGAUCUUUGUUGACGGACAUUUCCUACAAGGCAGUGUAACGUUUAUAGUUGGAAUUCUCCAGCUGGUGUUUUUUAACAUCCCCUUGAUGGUUUACCUGUGUUGGAGCUUGCUACAGCGGUGCUUUGGUCACAGCUUCAAGUCUCAUCUCCAUCAAGGAAAAUACUUGAAAAUUGUACCUGUUCACCUACUUAUGUUACUACUGUACAUCUGGCAGAUUUAUUCCUGCUACUUUCUUCAUAUGACAUAUGGUACUCUAGCUUUAUUAUUCUCCCCUCUGCGGACCUGGUUGACACUGGUGACGCCUGUUCUCAUUCGUUGUGUGUGGACACUGAACUCUGCCGAGCUUGGAACCUUCAUAGUGCAGUUAAAAAGCCACCUGAGCUCCUGAAGGCCAUGUCUCAUCAUCCACCUGUGUCGCCCAGGCCUCUGCCCCAGCAGCAGACGGAAGGCCAAUAUUGGUGGGCAAGCCUUGGACGUUCCUUGGACGCCUGGGAGUUGAGGGGAUUACCCGCUACUGAUUCCUGCAGAAUGGACUGCAGAAAAUUCUCUAAAUAAUGCCAUGAUUCCUUCCUUCCCCAACAAGGCAAAGGGUUGAUUUACUUUUGUGAAGAGAAAGCCCUAAUCUAGGAGAUCCACAGGCCAGGGGCUGGUGGGUAUGGGAGUAUCUGCGGCCCACCCAGUGUGUUUUUUACGUUACCUCAUGUAAAGUACCUAGCACAGUGUCUGGAACUCAGCAGCCUAUAAGGGCGCCACUUUAGGGGCAGGGAACCAGUGCAAACUUGAGCCUGACCCUGACUACCCUUGAUUAGUUCUGAGUCCUCUUUUCCAGCAGGGUUAUGGGCUGUCUGCUUCCUCAGUCGGGGGUGUUUUCGAGCAAUUAAAUAUCAAUAAAUGAA